CAGUCGACUCGAGAAACGGUCAUUCUUCGGAAGAGUGCCGUUCUGCUGCACUUCACGUCGCUGCGCUGGAACAUCAAACAUCAUGAUGGAACCGCCGGCGCUGCCGUUCUUCACGUCGCUCUUCGCCGAGGAGCGCCUCGAGCUUGCCGCGCCCCGGCGAGGGCCCCUCGCGAAACCGCAAGAGAACGCCGCAGCGCGCCACGAAACGCACGGUCAUAAGAAAACUGUCGAUCAGCUGGAGAAGAACGACCCGAAAAAACAGAACUCGUCAACGACCCCGUCGGCGGUUCAGCAACAGCCCCAGCCCGUUGAGAGGGCGUUUUCGCGCGUGAAGGAGGAGCCUGUUGACGACAGCCCCCCCGCCGGCGACGAUCUUCCGGAUUUCUUCGACCUGUCGAGCGACGGUGACGACCACAGUAACGACGUUGACGUCGAUAUGCACGAAGACGACGGCGGUGACGGCAGCGGCGACCACGGCGACGGCGACCUUGCUGACGAGGGUGCAGGCGACGUGUCGAACGCGUCGGAUGAAGCGACACCCGCGCCGAAAUUGGAGUCUUCGCCGCCGCCUCGCGGUUCGCAGGCGCCUUUUUGCGACUCCCAAACCCCUCGCACUUGUCGCAACCCUCUCAGUUCUCACGCAUCUCGUGAAUCCCCCCGCCGCGGCGCUUUGCCGAACCCUGCAUUCGUCGCGAAGCCAAACUUGCUUUCGAUUCCCGCUUCCUACGUCCCGGCCCGGGGGCAAGGGCAAGUGAGCAGCACCACUACUACCGCCGCGGUUUGCGGUAUGACAAGGGUUUGCGAUAUGGCAAGGCCCAACCGCACUGGGUGUGGCGCCCGUCUGGGAAGCGAUUCGAACACCCUUCGAGUCCCGAAGCCCGUGGCGGCUCUGGCGCAGCGCCUGGCGGCGCAACCAGCGGCGCGGCUUGCGCCGCACGCUAAACGACCGCGCCAUGAAGACGACCGUCGAGGAAUCGAGGAGGAGGGGGAGUCCGCCUCGGAGGGAGAGGACGAGGAGGAAGAGAAGGUGGAGAAGGGAGAGGGUGGCCGUGCUUUCAAUAGUCCACGUAAGCUUUGUGUGACGUCACCAUCGCGUCAGCAGCCUGACGGGGCGUCCGCGGCUCCCCGUGUCAACCCCCCAUUCGAAGUCAAAGCCGCGCAAGCCCCCACCCCCUCCCUCUCCAACUCUUCCGCGGCGCAAAGGUCCCCCGCCUCUUCCAGUAGGCCCGGCGCCAAGGCGCCGCGCAAGCUCCGGCUGCGCCUGCCGCCCGCGCAAGUCAAAGUGCUCGAGUCGCACUUCACGGAAAUCGAGCGCGAAAUCAGCUACGAGACGCGACUCGAGCUGGCGACUCGGCUCGAUAUGAAGCCACGUCAGGUCGCGGUUUGGUUUCAGAACCGGCGCGUGAAACACGCGACGAUGAUGAGGGAGGGGGAGCUGUCGCGGUUACGCGCGGAGAUGGCGCAGGCGCGGGCGGAGCUGGCGGAACUGCUGAAGGCGAAUGAGCGGGCGAAGCGGGAGAUGGGGGAUUUGGCGGGGGAGCACGCGGAGCUGAAAUCGAAAUACGACGAGCUGUUGGUUUCGACGAAAAGAAAACUGCCCGAUAACGAUUCGAUGAAUGCGCCUCCGCAUAAACGCGCAAAGCAGGAAUUUCCGGAGCCCGCUCGCGCUUCCGCAGGCUCCGCCGAACAGAGUGACGCGCGUCAAUGCGGGGAGCGAAUUUCGCCCUCUGCCGAGGAUGGUUCCGCUAUGAACUGCUCUGAUAAGAGUGGGUCAAAGGCUUUAGCUGCAGCUGCAAAGCUUCGUCUUAGAGAGGCAUUCGAAAAAGAUUCUGAGGAUUGUGCUAUGCAAGAAGUGGGGAGGCAACAAGCUACAAAUGGAGACAGCAAAAACGGGGAUGAGGACAGCAACAAGGGUGAGGAAGGAAACAGCCUCAUGGUAAGCGGCUCCCAGUCCCAAACUACCACCGUGUUACCAACCCGAGAAGACAAUCUGUCGAGGUCAUCCGCUACACUCACACCUCAUACAAGCACAUGCACAAGCCAUCAAGCCCGGAUCAAGCCGAUGUGGGUCGACGGAGCAAGCAAGUUACCGAAAGGCCUCCCCCUCUGCUCCAUCCUCCCUCAAAAUCCAUCCACCCCUCGCACCACUCUCUCCCCUCGCGCGGCCUCCUCCCCCCUCUCCCCUCGCUCCCCUCCCUCCCCUCCCUCAUCCCCAAGUCCCAACCCACCCUCCUCGCAACCUUCCUCUCACUCCGGCUGUCCAUCACUCAAUGCCUCCCAUCGCUCCCUUUCCUCCUCUUCCUCCCACUCCAAGCCCCAUGAUAGCCUGCCCCAGUUGUUACCUCCCCCAGGCAUCCCUGCCUCCCCCAAAACGCCCACCUCCACUGGCCGAUGGAGGGAAUUCAUCUCCCCUCUUCCCACCUUCAACAGCGCACCACCCCACUCCCGCUCAACAUCCCCCUCUGCUGCGGCUGCGACUACUAGAACUGCUGCUGCUGUUACUGGUGCUCCCUCAACUUCUGCAGCUGCUGCUGCUACUGGUGCUACAGCUGGUUUGAAACCUGUGAAAGUGGUUCCAGUGCCACCUGUGGCUGUAGCCGCACUUGUGGCUGUAGCACCGGUACCCGUCAUCUUAACCCCAGCAGGACCAGGAGCCCAAGCUUUGACUGCUACACCUGGGGCGACUGUAGCAGGAGCAGCAGGUUGGCCAGUUGGAGCUGUAGCGUCAAGAGCACCCUUAUCUGGCUCAAGUGGCAUCCUGCCGUGUGCCACUGUUCAUGCUGCAAGUUUUCUGGGACAUAAUCCCGGGAUCCCUGUUCCUCAUGGUGCAAUUCCCGUAAUGCCAAGAGCAGCACCCCCUAGAAGCCUGGCCGCAAGAACGGCAAGAGCUGCAGCGGAGGCAGCGGCAGCAGCAGUGAGAGCAGGUAGAGCAGAGGCAGCUGCUGCUGCAGCAGCACAAGCAGUUGAAGCAGCAGCAGCAGUAACAGCAAGAUCAGCUGCAGUUGCUGCAUCAGGGGGUGCAGCAGUGGCUGCAGGACAGCAGAGAUCAGGAGCACACAGACAGGCGAACGGCCUAGCAAGGGUCAGCGAGGGGAGAGUUGCUGCAACUGCUGCAUCAGGGGGGCCGAUGGCCGCAGGGCAGCAGAGAUCAGGAGCACAUAGACAGGCGAACAGUCUAGCAAGGAGUGGGGAGGGAAGAGGCAUUGGUGGUGCUGAAACAGGACCACGCGAGUCGAAAGCAGCAGCAGCAGGAGGGAGGGGGAAAGGUGAGAUUGUGUUGAAUGAGGAGAUGGCAGAGAAAGGGCUUACAUUGAAGCUGUCACUAUAGAGAAGGGUGAUUUCUGGUCAGUCACAGUAAGAAGAACCUGCUAUGUGCUUGGUAGGUGUUCUAUUUUUGUCUGGUUUGGUUUGCUGUGGUGUGGUUUGAGUACCCAAGGAAGCUAGGAGCUAGAUAGAUUUACUACGGUUUGCCCAGCUGUCUUGUGGCACAGCACAGGCUGUGGCAGCUAUAAGGUGUCUAGCUUAGAGAGCACGUGCGUUGCAUGCAUUAGCUAUGAUCCACAUAUUCUAUGCAUAUCAUAUAACA